AUGCUAUCCUUGCAAAAUGUUAAUCAACUCUGUGCAAUAUGGUGUGCCGAGGCUGCAAGGCCUUUUUCUGCCCUAGUUGAGGAGAGCCAUAAGGCCCUGCUUCAUCCAACAAGCAAGAGGUCUCUACCAGGAAGACAAACAGUCUCAAGCGACAUCCACAUGUUAUACUCUGCAAUACAAGAGGAUUAUAAGGCAAUUCUAAAGUCACCUAAUGGAUUUGACAUCCUGGGAAUUGUGGUCUACCGAUUAGCUGAGGACGAAUCCGGGGAAACAAAGCUUGAGUCAAUGCCUCUCGACUUCAUUCGGCUUGCUCGCAGUCACACCGGUGAAUAUUUGGCCCAGACGGUUAGCUUGGUUGUGGAAAAGUUUGGGAUUCAAGACAAGAUAUGUGGGAUUGUCAGUGACAAUGCUUCCAACAACAAGGUGAUGGUUAGUGAACUGAAGAAGAAGAAGUGGGCGCGGUUCAAAGGCGAGCCGCAUUGGAUACGGUGUUUUGCCCAUGUGCUGAACUUGAUAGCUCAAGCCAUCCUCCGGCCGUUUGGAAGUCAAAAGAAAUCGAAGACAACAAACCAAUCAGGAUCAAUUCCUCUGGAUGACUCAGAAGAUUCAGGCUCUGGAGAUGAAGAUGAAGAGGCAGAGGAACAAAUACGACCAUAA